AUUAAGGUAUCUUAGGUUAAUUGUUAUAGUAAAAUCUUAAGCAUCUGACUCAAUCAAAGGUUUGGAAAAAAGUCAACUAAGUUAGUAACAUAAGGUUAAGAGUGACAGCUUCAGAAUCACUUCAAUUUCUUUCAUGAUCAUCACUAUCUUUACACCACCCGACCAAUCACAUUCCAUUGCUUCAUCUCUUUGAACUCAAACCCCCACAAAAAAUAUUGCAAUUUGCAUUCAAUUCUCACAUCCCAAAUGGAUUCAAAGUUUAAAAAUUUCAAAUUUAGGUCAUAAUUAUCUCCAUUCAAUCCAUGGACACCAAAUUGUUAACAAUCCGUACACUGGUCUCCUCCCUCGCUUCCUCCUCCGACCAAACCCGUCUCGCCGCCCUCCGCCACCUCCGCCGCACCUCCAACGAGGAUCCCGCCGCCCGCCCUCUCAUCUCCGCCGCCGGUGCCGUACCCCUCCUCGCCGCCGCCCUCUACUCCCCCUCCCACCCCAUCCAAGACCACGCCGCCGCCACCCUCCUCAACCUCUCCAUCUCCGACCGCCGCCCCCUCCUCUCCUGCCCCGCCCUCUUACCCGCCCUCGCCCACAUCCUCUCCCGUCACGCCACCUCCUCCGCCCCAUCCGCCGUCCAAUCCGCGGCUGCCACCCUCCACAGCCUCCUCGUCGUGGUAGCCGAGUUCCGCCCCGCCGUCGGUGCAAAACCCGAAAUUCUUCGUGCCCUCAUCAGCAUAAUGAGUGAUCCCGAUUCGCUGACGAGGACGAUCAAGGAUGCUCUAAAAGCAUCUUUCGGAAUUGCACUCUACCCGCCGAGCCGAACAGCACUGGUCCGGCUUGGCGCAGUUCCCGUGCUCUUCGCUCUGGUGGCGAAGGACAAGGACGGGAAGAGAAAAGUUGGCAUAAUUGAGGAUGCGACGGCGGUGAUCGCGCAGAUUGCGGGGUGCGAGGAGAGCGAGGAGGCGUUUCUUAAGGUUUCGGGGGUUUCUAGGUUGGCCAUGAUGCUGUGUUCGGAAAGUGGAAACUGUAGUUUGAGGACAAAGGAGAAUGCUGUUGCGGCGCUGUUGAAUCUGGUGAGAUAUGGGAGUGAGAGAGUAGUUGGGGAAGUUAAGAACAAGGUUGGGUCCUUGGAUGGGAUCUCCUACGUGCAGGAACACGGUAGCCCCAAAGGGAAGAGCAAGGCCGUGGCUUUUUUCAAGCUUCUUCUUGAUGGUGGAAGCAGUGCUGAAAUUGCUCAAGAUUUGUACCCUGUGCACUCUGAUUCGGCUUCCUACUGAAUACUAAAACUUAGUUUGUUUUCUAUGUAAACUAGUCUCAGAUUGAAUACUAAAAUUUCAAUGUUACUACACUUUCAUCUAACACUAAAAACAUUAGACAAAAACAUUUGUCGUGGUCUGCUUCUAGUAGAAACAAAGACAGUUAAUGAUUUUACUUGCUAGGUUUUGAAUUAAAUUGUUGGUUAGCGUUUGGAAGUACUAAAGAUGGUUCAUAACAUGUGUAAAUAAUGUAGCAACCAAGCAAUAAGCUUUAUUUUUAAACACCUUCAAAGACUUGAAAGUCUCUCUCUAAGCAUGAUGCAUAUACCUUCUCAUUUUAUAUCUUGCAUGUCCUUUCGUGUUUGCUGAAGGUUUGGAUUGCCCUCUUUUUGUGUUGUCUUUGUAAGCAUAGCAUAAAGAGGAUCCACUUUGCAAGCCAUUUUAGUUUAAAACAUUUUUUCUUUCAUUAAGGGAGACUUCUUCCAAACGCCUUGCUUUAUAAUGGUUUUUGC